UGCCCUUGGGCUCUAGACAGGGAAGGCACAGCUCAGGAGGGGAAGGUAGAGAUUCCUGGCAAGGACAGAGGUUCUCACACACAGUGGGCAGCACAGACUGAUGGAGAGCCCCUCAGAAGCUCCCCACAGUGGGGGCAGCCCCUGGAAGGGGCUCCUGAUCACAGCCUCCAUCCUCAGCUGCUGGAUCCAGGCAUCAUCUGCUCAAGGUGCUCCUGUGACUGUUGUGCCAAGUCCUCCCUAUGGGACAGUGGGCAGCAGUGUUAUCUUGGACAUCCGGGGCUUCUCAGGGGAGGCCAUCAGCUAUAAUUGGUAUAGAAGGACAAGAGAGAAUUCUACCAGUAUCGCUUUCUACUGUCCUUUUUCUGGAGAGCAGACCCCAGCAGACAACCGGGAGAAGGUGCUCCCCAAUGGCUCCCUGCUCAUCCCCAACCUCACCCUCAGUGACACUGAUCUCUACAUUGUAUCCAUUGCUGACUCUAGUACCACACUAAUAGCAGAAGUACAAUUGACAGUGUAUGCAGAAGGGAAUGUCUCCUCACUCUCUGGAGGGGCUGUAGCUGGCAUUGUGAUUGGAGUCUUGGCUGCAGUGGCUCUCACUGGGACCCUAAUCUAUUUCCUGUUCUUCAGAGACACUGGAAGGGCCAGCAAACACCACCUUCCAGAGGAGACCCAUUCAGCACUCAAACUUGGUGAGGAUGCCACCAUGUAUGAAAACACUGCUUUCCCCAAAGGCUCAGCUCUGCCUGCACAGGGCCUGGGCUCCUCCACUGCUUUUCCUGAAGUCCCAUCUGAAGGUCCCUAUCAGGCAUUGAAUACCUUCACCUUGGAUGUGUAUGACAGGAUUGAGCCCUUGAAGAAACCUCAAACCUAAGGAAGAGAAGAAAGUCCCGAAGACUGUUGGGACAGCCUUUCUGUUUCCCUUCAUAAAGGAGGGUUCAGAAACAUCUCUCAGGGACAAAACUGAGACAUGAGAGUCAAUGGGAAAAACCAACUGGGUGAGAAAGCAAAAGUGUACCUGGGCUGCUUAGAAGGCAAAACAUCCUGUAGAAUGGAUUUGGGUCUAUACUGUGUUGUUCCCCAAGGGCUUCACAAUUUUGAAUCCUCUAUAUUUUCAUGUCUUCUUUAUCACCUUGAUCCAGGAAAAAGACCUUUUGGAAACUUCCAUGUUUAUUCCUACAGGUCAAAGGUGUAGAUGAUCCAUCAAAUCUGAAUGAUCCUAAGAUGUUGAGAUUCUCAGAGUUGAAGAAUCCAUGUUCUUGUCUCCUGAGGUUCUAUGGAACUAGGAAUCUUUGGCUCUAGAAAACAUGAUCUCAAGGAUUGCACAGGUUAUUUGGGUCCACCAGAGGCAGAAAAGGCUGAUGGCAGUGGAAAUCCCAACAAUGUAUGAAGAAAUCAGUCCCUUCACAGUAAAUACCUUUGCUAA